AACCAGCACAUGGAGACAAAAUGACCGAUGUUCCUCAGACAGAUGUUUCCAGAAGAGUAGCUCUACCGACUGCGAGUCUGCUCUCCCGGAGUAGUCAACCGACCAUCGACCAAAGCUCUGACCAAUAUCUGGAUUCCAUCGAGGAGGAAUGGAACAAAAAGGUUGAUGUCGAGGUGGAUACUCUGGUGGACGGAAUGGUUGACCUCGUUAGUUUGGCUUCUAUCGGUGACAAGGACAAGUUUCGUGUUGCUCAGGAGGCGUUUCAGGCGGAAUGUAGAGCAGAAUCAAUGAUUCGAGCAGCGAAUUCGUUGCUCUCUAUCACACACUCAAUGAAACUCCUACUCCUAUUGUCGGAUGAGUCUCAAAUUGCUAACCGACGCGACAUGGAACAGAGGAGCUUACAAGCUGAGAAGGAGGAGUCCAAAAAGAAGAUAGCGGAUCUUCUUGACGAACUCCUUAACAUGCGUAACCCACCGAACGGAGCUCCUCCGAGUCAGGACGUCGAGAUGGGUUCAUGAUCGUGACUCGAAAUGAUCCCACUCUCCGGCGUGAACGACUUGACUCGCUGAGCUCUUGCUCAACUUCUGGUGUUGACUAUCGACACAACGCGUUCAAGCGACAGGUUCAAUUCCGCCCACUGCGGCUCUUCGUUCUCCUCACGAGCUUUUUCAGAGGCAAAGAGCAGGACUUCAUUAGGUGCAUACCGUGGUUAGCUUUCCACGUUGUAGCUCCGCAUUCCGAUGUGGUAUUCUUGCUCUCGAUGAUGUCUUGCAUUGGAAUGCAACGCCAUUUUUAUG